UCUUAGCUGAAUUUCUUGCACCGUUUCUUGCAUUUGUUUUCUUUUUUUCUUCGACGUGAAAAGGAGAAAAGCGUGAUGCAAGAAUGCAAGAUGUUUCGCUCCCGCGUAGAAAAUCUGCUCAAAAAGUUGCAAGCCAAUAAUAAAACAGUUUUAUUAGAAAUCUAAGACCAAUAAGAAAUUUGCUGCAAAAUUAUAUUCGACCAUCCUUGUAACUUAUAACGUCAUGAAAUGUCUUCUAUUCUUAUAUCGUAGAGAAAAGAUGAGCCGCACAGAUUCAGCUAUGAAGAACAGUUCUAUUUACACGAGCAGAGGAGAAGGAAAAUCGGAGUAUUAAAGAUCAGAGAGAUAUUGACUUAACUCGAUGCAUAGAGUGGUCCCUCCAAAGGUUAAUGUUCUCAGGUUAAAGCGUUUCGCUUUAAAUCACCGGAAGUAAGAUUUAAUUAGCGUUUAUUAUUGUCGACGCCGAGUGUCCAACGAGAAUCAUAUCUCACUGUCUUCGAGUGCGCGUUCAAAGACUGGUAGAGUCUACAGAGACCUGUUUGAUUACGCUUCCUCUAUUGCCGAGUUAAAUUAGUGAAAACUGAGUGAAAUGAUUCAACGAAAAAAACAGUUCAAUGCCUAUUUCUAUCAGUAUAGAUUUUUUUUAAUCUUCUUUAGUUCUCAAAAUUGUGUCCCUUUCUGUCAAUGUAAAUUAACUUUAAUUCUCUCUCAACCGACUCUUCAUCCUUUUCCAAUUCUCAACCUACAUUUGUGGAAACGUGCAUUAAAAAAAAGUUAAGAGAGUGAACAAAAAAAGAUAAUCUACAUCGAAAUAGACAUAAAUCCGAAAAAAAGAAAAGAUUCUACCCGACCGCGAUUUCCAAUGAUCACCCUUUUUUAAAUUCUUAUCUAUAACACGUCGACGGUUAUGGAAAUUAAAAUGGCUCGUUUACGUAAAUAUCGAAAUUAGAGACGCGGAGAUAAGUGUCGCGCAGCCGUCAAUUACCUGUAUACUGGGACGCACAGCGGUGUGUUUUGAGACAUAAUUUUAUAAUCGUGUAUCAGCAGGGUGUUAUCGCACACGUGUUGCGUACCGUAAUUUACAUUACACGACACUUAUCGAAAAUUCUCCGGGAGCGCACGGCCGAGAGGCGGCGGACGGGGAAGGGACGAGCGGCGAAGGGAAGCGGAGGGGAGGGAAGGGUUAAGGGCGAACGGUAUCGGUGGGCGAGCUCAAGUCGUCGGUCGAGCUUUCCCGCCGUUCAUCCCGGACCGCGGAAUCGAACUCGCGCGGUGAGUGUGUUUACCCGUCGUCACGUGUGCGGCGACGACGACGACGACGUGGCGGCGUAUCGAUUCCUCCGAAUCGCGCAUUCAAGCCUUCAAAGCGAGCGAAACGGACGAGUGGACCAGUCGUCGACGUAAGGACGUAAACAAUACCGUCGUCGUUUGUGCCCGUGAGCAUACGAAAGAGAAAAAAGAGAGAGAGAGGGAGGGGGAGGGUGGAGAAAGAAAGAAAGAGAGAGAGAGAGAGAGGCGUACAUUUGUUAACAAGGAAAACGUCGAUGACUCGAUGACGCACGAGGUACUAUAUGGGUCAAGGAAUAUAGGCCGACAUGACGGCGGCGGCGGUUUCGCGUCGCGCGUUCUUGAAACCGGGAAAGUCCACGGCGACGACGGAACGGCAGACGAGUCUACGGUCGAGUCGGCGCGUGGAAACUACGUAUAGUUUAGAGAAGGAUUCCGCGCGAGAGAAGCGACGAUGUGAAUAGAAACUACAGAGCGGAACAGAGAACCCUGCGCGCGGCGGCAGAAGAAAGAGAGAGAGAGAGAGAGAGAGAGAGAGAAAACGACGGACGGUACCGAGUGUUUUGUUUACAUACGCGAUUGACGGCGUGACCUUUUACAAGACUCCUUUCCCGCGUGAAUCGACAGUGCCUUGCGUGACACGCGUUAUCGAAGUUCGUUGAUUUUGCCAAAGGCAGCCUUCGCUCUCUGUAUAAGACGUGCGCGAUUCCCUCGUUUUUCUAUCUAUAGAGCCAGUUUUUGCUGGUAUUACAUCUGUGGAGACCAAAAAAAAAAAAAAAAAAAGUCUCGCGAUCAAACGUCGUCGCGAUCUCUGUUUCAGGGCCACGUAAACUGACGCUACGUAUUCGCAAAUUCGUGGCGUGAUGUUACUCAAACAGAUGCUGGAUCCGAGCGUAUUAACGGACCUGGAGGAGCUGACGCUUUGCGGCUGCUGCAAGCAGAAGUACAAUGACGUAGAGCAAUGCCCCAAGUACCUUAGCUGCAAGCAUUACUUUUGCCUACGGUGCAUCGAGAGCAACCUGCUGAAGGGACGCGAUCUGCAGUGCGCGCACUGCUGGAAAACGACGGAUUUGGGUAACCAAGGCGCGGACGCUUUACCGACUCACUCUGCUCUACUUGCCUUGGCCAACAAUUUGUCGCGUCUCAAGAUCACGACAAACAAUACGUCCGGCAAGCCUGACAAGGAGAGGAAGAGCGAGAACUGUCACACACACGGAAUGCCGCUAGCAUUGUGGUGUGCGACAUGUUGCACGGCGCUUUGUAGGGCGUGCGCGAGCCCGCAGGAUCACCCAGGUCACCAGAUCAAAUCGCAAACCGAUGCCAAAGAACAGCUCAUAUCCGACGUUCAACUGGAAUUAGUCACCGUGGGUAAACUGUCGACGGAGAUUCAAAGACUGGCCGUGCAACAACGCGAGUUCUUGAUUAAGGUGCUGGAGGCUUGCGUGACGCUGAAAACGCAUGUGGAAACGGAUCUGCAAAACGGCUGGAGUCACUUUCCCGAGAUAACGGACGCGCGCGAGACUCUAGGCAAGACGAGGGCUGGCCUGCAGAUGAGUGAAACCCCGGGUGACGUUUACAGUCUACACUCGCAACUAAUUCUCGAAAAACAAAGGUUGCAGUCGAAAUAUCAGGAGAUGAUGCUACAGUGCCAGCUAGAUGAUCUCAUCGGCAACUCUGGAGUGAUUUUCGAUUUUGCCUUGUUAAAGCAGGCAUUGGCGGGAAUUCAUACGGGAGAUCCAAUUGUCUCGCAAGGCAAUGGGGGUCGCUUGCCGAACCAUCUCGCGGCUUCGCAUAAUCCGAUUUUGUUCCUCGCUAAUUAUUGUAUGUCGCAGUUGUACACGCGUCACGUCGUUAGCAAGCAACAGCAUAUGCAGAACGGCUCGAUGGAGUAUCAUCAUUCAAGUAUGAUGCCGCCACCGCCUCAACAAGCGCCAUCCGUUCACGUUCAUCAGGGCCCACCGCCGCCACCACCGGGACCGGGGCCCAACCAAGCUCCCCAGCAGCUUCUCAUUCCACCCGGUUCACCGUCCGUUAAACCCGUACCGCCUGCACCGCCCAACGCCAUGUUGCAUCCGCAGCAACAGUCGACGUUCAUGUCUGACGCGGUCGGCACUGGCGCCGGUGGUGGUAGUCUAGUGACCGUCCACUCGUCCCCGCAGCCGCCGUCCAAUGCGAUAACGGCGACGUUGACGCGGGGUCCCGCGAAUCCGUAUCCUCUGUACUACUUCAACAUCGAGGUGAAUGGUUCACCGCACGGGCGCAUCGUGAUCGAAGUGCGGCCGGACGCGGCGCCGAAGAUGGCGAAGAAUUUCAGCGUGCUAUCAACGGGAGAGAUCGGAAUCGGUUACAAGGGAUGCACGAUAUUCCAGUGUUGGGAAGGCGAGUCCGUGAUCACGGGUGACUUCGAGCUUAACAACGGCCGCGGUGGACGCAGCAUAUUCGACGACGGUUACUUCAUGCCGGACGAUACCAAGUUCCCGGCGGUUAGGGGCGCGGUGGGCAUGAGGCGGACGCAGAAACGGCACGACAACCUCGGCAUGGUCGGCUCGCAAUUUCGCAUAAUUCUGCAGGAGAUGCGCGGCUUUACCGGCAUCUUCGGCCACGUUGUCGAGGGAUUGGAGCUGGUGGAGAAGAUAUCUACGUACGGCGAUCAGACCGGCAAGCCUACCAAGAAUAUUCUAAUCACGAAAUGCGGUAAAUUGUAACGUUUAUGAUGUCGCUGUCGCGCGGUUUGUUGCAACGCGGGGUAAAUCUCCGAGAAAUAAGUAUACACUCCGUAUAUAUAUACAUAUAUAUAUAUAUGAUACAAUGCCGUAUACAACACGUUUUCCUGCUCUAGAUAACCGAAGGAAAGUCGCCACGGUAUCCCCGACUCCGCGCGUUCGCAGCCGCGAGAGAAACCUAUACGUAAGAAGAAAUGUGCAAAAAGAAAUCGCGUUACACGUAAUUGUCCGACGACGGGAGACGAUUAUUGUUAUUAUUAUAUCCGCUCGGGGAAAUCGUCGCGACACGUUUAUUAGCUCCGCGAAUCCUCGAACGCUCCGUACGAGUCAUGCAACUUAAUUAACUAUUAACAAUAGUGUCUAAAGAUGUCGAAUCUAUUUUUAAAAUGGGCGUGUGCGAGAAAAAGAAAAAGAGAAAACUCCAUAUUUUGCUAUUGACUGGGAAUCGAUACGAGAUUCUGCUAACAAUAACGACGAUGAUCGAAGAUACACAGACACAUACACACAUACGUACCUCAGAGAUCGACCGUGAUAUCGAUACGACUUCUCUAGCUGAUACGAUAUAUUUGUUUUUUUAGGGAGAGAGAGGUCUGACGUUUAUUUUGGCUAUUAUCGGCUAUUAACUCUUCUACGACGUUGUAGUUCAUAGAGCGCGUGUCGCGCGUUGAACGUGAUAUAAUGGAAAAAAAAGAAAUAAUACCGCGCGAAUCGCGGCAGACGGUUCUUCGGCUGGCUGCGAGCGCAGCUAAUGUUUUAGGUCGUAGGUAGCGAAUAAAAAGAAAGAAAAAAUGCACACGUAGAAUAAUCUGGGAAUUUAAGUGUAGCGAACUGUCGGAGACAACCGAAUCGUGUAUUACGCGACAUAUUUACGAAGAAACGAAAGAGACAGAUCUGCACGCGAGCAAACAUUCGACUCUUUCGAUUCUUGUUCUUUUUUUUUUUUUUUUUUUUGCGACUUUCGCGACUUGCUGGUAUAAAAGUUGUGAAUCGCGCGAUUCCAUAAGCAGGUCUCUCGUUUAGAUAUCUUAGCCGAGAGAGGAAGAAGAGAUAUCGGUAUAGUUAAUCAUGUAGAAGGGCAGUUUAUGGUUCGUCGGACACGGCGUCUCAUUCCGUUCCGUUCCAGGGGUGCGAGGAAAAAGAGCUAAAAGGGAAGAGAAAAAGAGAUAUUCAUCGCGCGCGCGCGUCUUGCGAAGAAGAAUCUUGCGAUACUGUUGCUCGGAUACUUGCGGCUCGAGCCCGUUCCCUUUUCGUUCUUUGCGAACUAGCGAACCGUCAUGGGUUAUAUCUGUAUUUAAGAUUAGAUCUCAAUACGUCGCAAAUGUAUGCAAGGCCUAAAUACUAUGUAAACCGUAAGCCUCGUAUCGUCUAAUCGGGAAACGAAAGGAAAAAAAUAAUGAAAUGU